GCCCGAUCCAUUGUCGCUUAUGGACCGUAUGGGCACGGGAAAUCAGCGAUAUUCACUUUUUGAUCUGACUUUCUUCGUGUACAGAUCUCACACAACGGCCUCGAGGUAUUUAGGCUGUGUGAUAUAUAAAUCCGGGCUAUUCUGGCUUUUGAAUUAUUCACUUUACCAUGGAUGGUUUUCAAUUCAUUAUCGAGUCCCCUCAAGAGACCCAAGGUCACAAGAAACGCCCGCGUCUUGUGACUUCUUGUGAUAACUGCCGCCUCAAAAAAAUCAAGUGUCUGCAGUCAUCCCCCGAGACACAAUGUGAGGCCUGCAAGGCAGCGAAAAUCCCAUGCAAGUUUCGCGAUCGCGAACGAUAUUUUGCUGAGCGCAGUCGAGCCAUCGCGGGUCCCAGUUCCUCCCCAACGUACCAUGGAUUAUCGAGUAGAGUAACGAUCACGGCCUCAGAGUCUUCAGAGCGCUCUAAUUCGAGUAGUGCAAAUGAGCACGCCACUCCGGCAUCGACCGCGCACACGCCACCAUCGCAGGGAUAUGCCAACUCAAUGUCUCGCUCUCCGUCCUACUCCCCACCAGGAACAUCAUCCACAGACCAUGGUCGAUAUCAAACCUAUCCAGAUCAUUCGAGGCCUCCUACAACUCAUAGACAUACAACUGCAGGUGAUGAUCACAAUCGUCGAUAUGGAACUCCCGGUCCAGGUCAGGCAAUGGGUCGUUCCCAUACCACAUCGAGCGGCUACCGGCCAACUCAGGUCUUCGACCCCAUGAAUCCUCAGAUGCCACAACGUAGCUGGAUGCCCCAUUUCAUCCAGAUAUUCAUCAGUCAACUUGGCAGCCAAUGCGCGUUCAUGACUUAUGAUGACCUAUAUGAAAAAUUCCGACACCAGACUCUAUCCCCUCUACUCUCCAACUGUAUCGCAGCACUCGGCGCAAGGUUCUCUGACAUACCGGAUGUUGUCGCACGUGGUCCCCAGAAUGUUGCAGAUAUUUUCUGUGAGAACGCCAAGGAGAUGUUAUCCGCGGCACUUAACCAACCAUCUCUCGACGUUCUUCACGCUGUCAUCACCCUGGCAUGGACAGAAUACAAAACUGGUCGGCUUCUUGGAUUCCGACAAUACGGUGAUCUUGCCAUGAGAACCGCAAUGGCCAUAGGAUUGUCUGAAGAAUCCACCAGGCAAAUGAGCCCUUAUGACAGUUACCAAAAUCGUCUUCGUUUGACAUGGCAAAGUGUCUCUCAGUUGUACGCCUCAUCAGCUUUGUCGGGGUAAUUUUAACGGUCAACCGAUUUUUACACCCGCUGCACCAGCCAUGCCCCAGCCAUGCCAAAAUCUUGCUUUGUCAUUUAACUCCAAUUCUUAUGCCCCUCUUGCCUUGGUUAAGCCUUUGGGAAGACCUUUUGGUUUCUCAUUCCACUCGGAGACCGCUGGCAGGCUUCCUUCGUUGACCAUAUAUUUCGUGCUGCCUUUAUUUAUUCACCUGACACAUAUAUCAACUCACAUCAAUAAUACCACCAGACUGCAUGUUACAUUGAUUACAAUCACAUCCCUGUAUACACAGAUUUCCAAAGUUGAAACAACGUGCAAGAACAUCAGCUCCACGAGUUUGCAUCAUUGCCAGCUAACCUGUGCAUGCUGCGGCACAUCACCAUGGGAAGGUCGAUCAUCAUCAUCACCAUCAUGCUCAAGAUCAGCAGUUGGUUUACUAUCCAUAGAUUAAUCAUACGC